AUGGCAAGAGUUUCACAACUCACUCUUAUUUUCCGAGACAAAUUACAAAAUUUCGACGAAAAAUCCAACAAAAUAUCCGAUGUUAUCAGGAAAAAUCAAGCGAAUAAACCGUCGAACAGCCACAACGAUCAGUUAGCCAGCUGGUUUGCUUCUUGGUCAUCUUUCCAAAUACCUCUUCACUACCCAAACUUCACAAAGGAAGAGUACCAGGUUAUGCCGGAAGAAGAACUCGAUCGGCUUUUCAAACUUUAUGGCCUGCCUACAAAUCUUGGUGACUUGUCUUGUAAAAAGCAAUUUGCAGUUGGUGCAUUCUUGUGGGAGAAGGAGCCAGAUUCUUCUCUAGAUAACCAUGAAUCAGUGGAUGAUAAUUCAUCAACAGCUGAUUUGGGUGAGAGCUCUAUGAUGGGAUUAAUGGCAGUUAUGAAACGUAUGGUUCACUAUAUAUUUGGUGUCUAG